UAAAUUUAUUUUAUCCUUGAAUAUUAUCGAUAUUUUUUAAACAUGUUUCGAACAUGCAUCAAAUUGUUGGAAGCAAUUUUACCAUAUAAGGUAUUUUCAGGAUAUACAGUACACACUUAAAUUACUGUAUCUAUUAAUAUUAUUAUCAUGAAUGCUUCCGUGUUGGAUAUGAAGUGUUUUGUAAGUGCCAUGACUUGUCAUGCCUGCACAUUGAUAUGAUAAACGCUGCCAGUGUUUACAGCCCUAGCAUCGCGCUGAACAUAGGUUUAUACGGAGUUUUUUUUAAAACUUUGAUCUAGGAUCUUGUUCGGAUGAUUUUUAUGUGUGUUAUAGUUUUGUUGAAUACUCUAUUGUUGAAAUAAUUUACAUUAUAGAGUUUUCAACAACAUGUAUGGUACCGGAAUCAUCACUUUCCUUAUUUAUAAGCAAAUUAAAGAUGAAAAUAUUCAUAUCCAAAUAAGAGUGAACACUGAAGAGUCGACGCUUUUAAUGCCUUGCAUCAUUUCUAGAGACGAAAAUAGUUUGCAAGAGCUGCAGGCAUCGCAUGACGGUACACAGAAUUAUGUUCAUUUGGGUAUUGCUGUCGGAUUAUUGUGCGUUGGUCUUGCAGUGGGUGCGAUAACCACGUGCUUGCUGUGUACGUGCGUCCCAAAAUUGCAUAGAAAAGUCACAAUUAUAAUGAUGAGGAAUGGAGCGUCCCGACGUGAUGGAAAAAAACAAGAAACCACGGGUUUGUAUCCUCAAGAACGGCGCACUUCUCUAGCACGUGUCAACAGUUCGAGUGAUUCUCACAUAUACAACAUAAUACAACACGACAUUCGAUUGGCUAGCCACGGUCCAAUUGAAAUGGGUCUUACAAAUUCGAAGAAUCCCGCGAAAUCCUUUGAAGCAUUACAAGCAAUUUCACCGCCAGAUUACACCAUAGCAGCUGAUACAACCAUCGAGUCUUCGAGCCCAUCUACAGAGCCAAUGUAUCAGUCUCUGACAAGAACUCUGGUUAGACCUGCGUGCAGUUACGGACCAUUAGAACCUUUCGGUAAUACUUCUAACACCCCUAAUCAAUCCAGAGCAGAUAUAAACAUGCAUGGAAACACUGCCACCACGGUCGAUCAUAAUUAUUUUGUAUUAAAACCUGGCAGUUCCAUAGCUUCGGAUUUGAUGUCCGGGGAACAAGAGGUCGCUAACAACAGUGCGCAUGCGUACUUUGUUCUGGAGAAAAAAAAAUGGCGCAUUUGUUGCUUCAAGUGAUCCAACCGAUGUUUCCCAGCCCGAGAAACUCUUGGCUAUUUCGUUUUAGAAAGUACAACAUUAGUGGCCUUAUGCAUUUCUGUCUCGUACUGGAGCAAAUAAAACAGCACACAUGGAAUUGUGGUAUUGAAACAAUCAUGCACAUGUUCAAACCAUAAGAUGUUAUUGCGAUUACAUUCAAUCUAUAUAUUGCCCGACGGUAGACUUAUAUCUCAUUUUCUAUGUUUGUGGGCUGAACCCAAUGACCUUUUUUGUUAAUAACAUACAUCGAGUCAAUUGUACUUAUCUUGAACCAUAGUUGCACAAAAUUUUGAGUUGUUUAUUUUAGUUUUAAUGUAAAAUGCGUAUGAUAUCUUGCGUUUCUUCGAUUGGAUGCGUCUCUUAAUGCGAUAUCCUAUUCUUCAACGCAUCACAUAUACUUCUAUAUCACGGUAUUCUACAUCGUACAUUUCACACUACGUAACGUUGUCAUGGUAUUUAUACUUAACAAUCUAUUUUAUUCAGAUGAAAACGUAAACAUGUAUGUUUGACAAGCUUUACUGUUUGGUAGUGUGUGAAAACUAAUAAACUAUUGCCUUGUUCCGUUCUGAUAGUAUGCAUACAAAUGUUUUCGUAGAUGGUAAGAUCUUAUCUACCAAUAUAUAUGUAAACAAAAUGCUCAAAAGGUCGCGAAUAGGAUAUCCGUCCCGCCAAAUGUUUUUGAGAUAAAAAACAAACAAACAACGUUACUGUUCAGUUUAAUUCAUCGAUCUGUUUAAACGUUUACAACGCUGGAAAUAUUACUCGUUUACAAUCCUUGGUUGGUUAGAAAAUUGUUCAAAACACUGAUUAAUAUUGUUGUUGUCAAACAGUUUUGAACGUUAAUGUUAACAUAAUAAAGUUGUAUUGACUAAAAGAUCUCGGCACUUACGAAAGCAAAUAAUGUUGGUGCGUUUGAAAUAAAAUUUGACAUGAUGGAAGCGUCGUAUAUCUUCAUAUUAAGGACAUUUUUGCCAGUUAAUUAGCGCAUUGGAAAUGACGUGCUGCAAGGUUGUGAUCGCUGUUGCCUUGAUAAUAUAUACAACAGUCCAUGCUGGUAAUUCGAAGAAAUGCGAUGAUUAUGAGAAAUGCACAAAGAAAUGUAGGAACGACGCCAAAAUAAUCGCCUCAGAUCAGGAUUGCUCAGCAACCACAUUUAGUGACGGAAACGAUUCUUUAAGAACUACGAGUACGCUGACCACUGCUGUAACUGCACAUAGCAGUGUUCAAUCGUACAGGACGUCAUGUGACACUAAAGGCCUGGAUGGCGUCCCUCUUGGUUUAGCUAUUGGACUGCUGUUUGUUGGCAUGGUGAUCGGAGCCGUGAUUACCUGCUUGCUAUGUGUAUGUGUCCCGACACUGAACAGGAAAGCUACAUCAGUGUUGAGUACUCAGAAACCAAAGAAAGAUAUGAUGAUAGCAUCCGUACCGCAAACGAGUUCCCAACUAGAACACAAGAGCACUUUGUCAUUGUAUCGGGACUCACACAUCUACACAGGCAUUCAGACAGAAAUACCGCUGCUUGAAGGAAGACAAAUAGCAUCGCCCUUAUACUACGUAAUUUCUGAAGACGGUGUUCCGGCGCCUGCUACCGAAGGCCCCAAUACCGAUUAUCAAGCGCUCAAAGAAAGCAGUUCAGACGACCCUUACCGUCAUAUUGAUGUACCGGGGGAUAGCAUGAACAAUUCAAUUGGACCGAAAGAACUCGAAGAUGAGGGUGACGAGGCCACCAACCACAAUUACUUUAAGUUGAGUCCACAAAAGAUGUUUUCCGAGGACACGUCUGCCAUGGCAGAAAAAACUGAUAGCACUGCUUAUUUUGUGCUGGUGAAGGAUCCAUCUGUUGACGAGGAACCAAUCUGCGAGUCGCAACACAAUUAUUUCAUUUUGGAAAAUGAAAAUGACUUUAAAGUCAAAUAAUAUUUGAGUGACUGUAUUCGUGCAAUCCGAAAAGUUUAAAAGUUAAACCUAUUACGUUAUAUUGGAACUAUUUCUCUUCCAUGAUAACCAGUCUAUUUGUUUAACAGUUUCUUUUGUAAAUAAUACAUAAAACACGUUCUUUGUGUCUAUAAAUGCAUAUCGGUCACUGUUUAUACGCCUUUAAAUAGGAAAUUCUGUAAAAGUUGUCUUUACUUAAUGUUUUAUAUACAUUUAUUGUCAAGAUGUAUUUCAUGUUUGUAAGAAUGUUAAGCUUAAGUUCGAUACAUUCACUGCCAAUAUAUUUCUUACUAAUCAUGUCGUGGAAUAAAACUUAAAUUGUCAAAAUAAACUAAAACAGAUAACACGAAGAUAUGACAGAACAUUAUGUAUGUCUUUAGUUAUUACAUAUUGUGAUUGUUUGAAUAAUCAUCAUUGUAUCUGUUGGCAAGCACAUGCAUACAAGUAUUAUAAUCCUAAAUAGAUAUCAUGACCGAGGAAACAUGUUAAAUUAUGCCUAAUAGUUUGAAUUGAUUAAUGUAUGAUUGGCUUAUCUUCAUCAAGAAAUAAUUACUAGUUAAAUUUUCCAUUAAAACACAUUUUAUACCUACGAAAUGUAUUUCAUCGGGUUAUAUUUACUGAAAACAGAUUAUCCGCAACAAUCUUAAAUGUCACUCAGCCGGAGUACAUAUACUUACUUCAUAACAGUAGUGCAAUCAAAACCAAAAUCCUUUCUGUUUGGAUAUAUUACAUUUUUUUUUAUUCAAUAUAAAACAUACAAUGUAAAUAUGUGCAUAAGCAAAAACAAAGGUGGUAUAAUACAACAGUAAUAAUAUCAAACACAUAUUAUACAUGAUAUGCUAGGAUAUAAUGUUGUUUUUUUGCUUUGGUUGCAUGUGGUGUAUGCUGUUAUUUUUAAAUGUAAUAAUCAAUCCUAUAGAUGAGUUGCGUAGA